GACUUGGUAAAGUUUAUAUUCUUUUAAAUCUUACCCUCUAAAAAAUAAAGAACGGCUGUCUGAAAAUAAGUUUUUGCAUCAGCCUGUGAAUUUAUGAAGGUGCGAUGGGGUCUUGACGUGUCAGUCAGUGGAGCGAUACGACCAGACCAGACAUGACCGAGUGCUUCCUGCCGCCCAGCAGCAGCCCUGCAGAGCAGCGCCGGGCCGAUCACCCCGGAGGCGUGGCCCGCACCCCGAGCUCCGAGGAGAUCAGCCCCACCAAGUUCCCGGGCCUGUACCGCACAGGCGAGCCGUCGCCACCUCACGAUGGACAUCAUCACGAGCCUCCAGACCCGUACGUCUCAGACGACGACAAGGAGCACAGCAAGAAGAAGAACAAGUUCAAGAAGAAGGAGAAAAGGACUGAGGGAUACGCCGCCUUCCAGGAGGACAGCUCGGCGGACGAAGCCGAGAGCCCGUCCAAGAUGAAGCGCUCCAAGGGAAUCCACGUGUUCAAGAAGCCCAGCUUCUCCAAGAAGAAGGAGAAGGACUUCAAGGUGAAGGAGAAGGGCCCCAAGGAGGACAAGGCCAAGGAGAAGAAGUCCAAGGACCUGACGGCCGCCGACGUGGUCAAACAGUGGAAGGAGAAGAAGAAGAAGAAGAAGCCAGCCUCAGAGGCUGAGCCGGUCCCGGUGGAGACCCCCACCGUCAGACCCAUCUUUGGAGCGCCACUGGCUGAGGCUGUGAAGAGGACGGCUCUGUACGACGGCAUCCAGCUGCCGGCCAUCUUCAGGGAAUGCGUGGACUACAUCGAGAACUACGGCAUGAAGUGUGAGGGCAUCUACAGGGUCUCAGGUAUGAAGUCCAAAGUGGAUGAGCUGAAAGCGGCCUAUGACCGGGAGGAGUGUCCCUGCCUGGAGGAGUACGACCCACACACGGUGGCCAGCCUGCUGAAGCAGUACCUCCGGGAACUGCCGGAGAACCUGCUGGGCCGGGACCUGACCCAGCGCUUCGAGGAUGCCUGCGGCCGGCCGGCGGAGGCUGACAAGCUGGCGGAGUUCCACAAGCUGCUGGCCGAGGUGCCGGCGGACACCCACCUGCUGCUCUCCUGGCUCGUCACGCACAUGGACCACGUCAUCGCCAGGGAAACGGACACCAAGAUGAACAUCCAGAACAUCUCCAUCGUCCUCAACCCGACCAUUCAGAUUGGGAACCGUGUUCUCUACAUCUUCUUCACCCACGUGAAGGAGCUGUUUGGGGACGUUGUCCUGAAGCCGGUGGUGCGGCCGCUCCGCUGGUCCAACAUGGCGACCAUGCCCGCUCUGCCCGAGACCCAGGACAACAUCAAGGAGGAGAUUCGGCGGCAGGAGUUCCUGCUGAACUGCCUGCACAGAGACCUGCAGGCGGGCGUGAAGGACCUGUCCAAGGAGGAGCGGCUCUGGGAGGUCCAGAGAAUCCUGACGGCUCUCAAACGCAAGCUGAGGGAGGCCAAGCGGCAGGAGUGUGAGAGUAAGAUAGCACAAGAAAUCGCCAGUCUCUCAAAGGAGGACGUGUCCAAAGAGGAAAUGACCGAGAACGAAGAGGAAGUAAUCAACCUGCUUUUAGCACAGGAGAAUGAGAUCCUGACCGAACAGGAGGAGCUGAUCGCGCUCGAACAAGUGCUGCGGAGGCAAAUUGCCACCGAGAAGGAAGAAAUCGAGAGGCUGAGGGCGGAAAUCGCAGACAUCCAGAGUCGGCAGCAGGGUCGCAGCGAGACGGAGGAGUAUUCCUCAGACAGCGAAAGUGAGAGUGAAGAUGAGGAAGAGCUGCAGAUGAUACUGGAAGACCUGCAGAAACAAAACGAGGAACUAGAGAACAAAAACACCCACCUGAACCAGGCUAUCCACGAGGAGCAGGAAGCCAUCCUGGAGCUCCGGGUCCAGCUCCGCCUGCUGCAGAGCCACAAGCAGCAACAGCAGCAGCAGGAGCUAACCGUCCCGCCGCCGGCCGAACAAGCUCCUCCCACUCAGCCGAGCCCAGAGGCCCGCAGCGAGGAACAAACCAAACGCUCCAUCUCCACCGUGGCCGCCACUGGAGACGCACCCGCCCCAACCAACGGGAAGCCGCUGAAGGAUCCUUCAAAGCCGUCACCGAGCAAAGACAGACGAGACACCAACAUGUGAGAUGAGCGACAGUCAUCACCGCAGAUGGUCAGUUCGCCUGUAGCAUUGGUUGCCAAAAACAGGAAACUGAACACCUGUAUCCUCUGCGGCAUUCUGACUUUGUUUCCCUUCACUGCAAAACAGAAAACCUAGAAACGGAGUAGCAGCUGUCUCAGAUGACCGGCUACCUCUGUGGAAACUCCCAGGGACCAUUUCAUUUAAAUCUGCUGUGCCAAGCCUGUUUAAAGGAGGAUUAGAAGGUGACGAUGAUGGAUGUGAGAGAGAUUAGAGUUUAUUUUUCUCUGAUAAUUAAAUCAAGAAAUUAUCACAAAACGUAAGAUUGUUGCAAGUCCCUCAAAUUUGACAUCACCGACCACUGUGCCAUAACUCAAGUCGCCAGAGAACCACGAAUACAAGCGCUGGAGGACUUCUGAUCGGUCUCUCUGUAUAUUUUAAACUUCAGUAUCAUUCUAACAAUAUACAUACACUGCAAAAACACAAACCUUACUCUUGUUUCUAGUGUAAAUAUCUUAGUACCCUUUAAAUAUGACAAAAUUAACUAACAGUUAGCUUUUCAGCAAGAUACAGGAGCUUGUUUUAGGUCAAUAAUUACCUGAUUACUGACUUCUGUUGGUAGAUUAUUUCUUGUAUUUCAUAAUAAACCGGCACUGUGCUGUUACCUAGCAACCCCAGCCAAGCCCAGCCCUUCACCUAGCAACCCGGUUCUAGUUCCACUGGCGGAUUAUUUCACUUAUAACAUGGAAAAAAUGUCUUAUGAGUGAAAUAAUCGACCAGGGAAACUAGUACUUUAUCGACAAUAUUAAGGAGUUAUUUAUUUAAAACAAGCUCAUAUAUCUUGCUGAGAAAUUACUCAUAAGUUACUUUUGUCUUAUUUCAAGUGUAUAAAGAUAUUUGUACUAGAAACAAGACAAAAAUACUUUGUUUUUGCAGUGUGUCAUGCUCAACAAAUGCCCUGAUUUAAUUUACAGCUUUUUAGUGACAUAUAGCUCUAUUGCUGUUUUUGGAAAUGAAAACUGGAGCAGAAAAACCUCGAUUCCAUCACAGCAAAAUGUAAACAAGUGCACUCACCGGAAACAUGGAGAUUUACGUUUAAUGUUGAUGUAGCACAUCUGUGGGUAUGUUUUAUGUGGGAUGUGUGAAAAAACCAC